GGAUGAAUAAGCUAGUAGAUGAAGAAGGUAUCAGAGCUGCUUUUUUUCAACUGAAUAUGAGUUGAUAGAGUAAUUUCAAAUGUUUUAUGCAUAGUAGUCUGCUCAGUCGUUUGAGUGUAUAUGUUUUCUCCUAGCACUCCUGAGGACAUUAGAAGAGAAACAGAGUAGCACAGCUGCUUAUUAAUGUGAGAAUCUCAGUAGGUGAAUAUCUUACUUAAAACUCAGCCUCUUUAAUUAUUUAUGCCUAAUUGAUGUCUUGGUUUGUACAGUUGAAAGGAUACUGUUAAUUUAAAUGCCCAUUAAUUACUGCAUCAAAGUGCACUUUAAAAUAUUCUCUGUCCUGGAGUGCCAAAUUAUGGGAAAGGAGAUAAAACAGCUGCUUCUGCUAUUGUGUCAGGCCACAUUUAUUUGGCUAGACAGCUUUUUUUUACAUACUAGUUACAAUAAUAUGUGUUUCAAAAAUAAAGAUUAGACACAGUGAUAAAUCUGGAUGCCUUCAGUGAGCCUGAGUGUCUGCAUUUAAUUAAAGCCUUCUUAAAAUACAGUGGUAGAUUCUUCUAUUGUACCAUACUGGCAGAGUCCCAAAUUAGUUUAACAAUUAGUGUCCCCAAAACACCAAGCUUGGUUCAGAGAUGGAAUGUGAGACCUCAGAAUACUCAGCCAGGGUCAACAGAUAUCUCUUGACACCCACCACAGGCCUUUGUCUCUUCUCAUGUUGCUUUCCUUUUGAAGGUCUCAGACUCUGUGACACUGUUUUAACUGACCUUAUUUUUUCAAUUUGUUUUUAUUUUGAUGAAUGCCUGCUGCUGCCUGCAUUGGUCUGUAUGUCUGGAAGAGUGCUUUCUUCAUUGCUUUCCCACGGAAACUUAAGCAGCCCUGUCCUUUGUCCCUUUCACUUACUCUUUGUAUCUAAAUAGGUUAUUAAACUAUCUUUCCUGAGUCACCUUCAACUUCUUUCUCCUGUAGAGAUGAAAAUCUCAAGAUAUGUCCCUGGAUAUAUUGAAAUUAAAUAAUCAAUUCAAAUUCAGUAUGAUUUAAGACCGCUCCCAGUCUUUCCUUCCAAGCCUUCUUCCUAUUUCCUGUCUCUCUGCAGACAUCUCCAUGCUUUCUGCUACUCAGCAGUAACUGAUCUUUCCAUAGGUCAUCACAUGCAGUGAGAAGAUUUUGGAACACCAGCCAAAUUUUACUUAAAAAGCAAAACCAAAAUACCAACAACAAAAAGCAACAGAAAAGUAUUACCAGUCAUUUGAAGCGGUUGACUAAGACCUAAGGAUUUGGAACAGAGGUGUGUGAUGUCAAACAGUGGGCAGUCCUCGUAGCCUCCCCCACCAGCCUGCAGUGUCAUGUGCCAGUAUGAAUAUUAAGAAAGAAAAGCAUACUUCAGAGCUUAGCAUCCCAGAAAGAAAAAAGGAGGAACUACACAGAGAGAACAAAUGAUUGCACUCCUUGCAAAACUUGAGGCUGUUCAUUUUUUCUCCUGAAGCUUCAUCUUGGCCUUUGUGAGAGAGUUGAGAAAGUAGGCAGAACAGCCACAGUGAUUUUCUUAGGGCCCUUUUUUCCUUUUUUAGUUUAAUUUUUUCUCCUUUGUGUCUGGAUUUUAAGCGUGCUGCACUGAUCACAAGCACUGGAGAUCAAUAUGUGUCAUGUCAUUGUAACGUGUCGGUCGAUGCUAUGGACUCUCCUGAGUAUCGUGGUGGCUUUUGCAGAGCUCAUUGCCUUCAUGAGUGCAGACUGGCUGAUUGGCAAAGCAAAGCCUUCAAGCUCCGAGGAGGUGGACAACAGAACGGGGGGAUCUCAGGAGCCCUACCGGCCAACGCUGGGCAUCUACGGGCGCUGCACCAGGAUCUCCCACAUGCAGUUCUCCAGGCGAGACACGCUUUGUGGUCCUUACGCUGAAAACUUCAGUGAGAUUGCCAGUGGGUUCUGGCAGGCAACCGCUAUUUUCCUCCCCAUGGGAAUCAUGAUUCUCUGCACCGUGGCAUUUGUGUCUGUCUUUACUAUGUGUGUGCAGAGUAUUAUGAAGAAAAGCAUUUUUAAUGUCUGUGGGCUGCUACAAGGGAUUGCAGGGCUCUUCCUUAUCUUAGGCUUGAUACUUUACCCUGCAGGUUGGGGAUGCCAGAAGGCGAUAAGCUAUUGUGGACCUUAUGCUUCUGCUUACAAACUAGGAGACUGCUCCUUGGGCUGGGCUUUCUACACAGCUAUCGGCGGCACUGUUCUGACAUUCAUCUGUGCAGUCUUCUCGGCGCAAGCUGAAAUAGCCACAUCCAGUGACAAAGUGCAAGAAGAAAUAGAAGAAGGAAAAAACCUUAUCUGCCUCCUCUAACUCCAGUGGGGAAGAACACCAGCACCUGGAUCUUUAUCUGCUUUCCAUUGACUGGACAAGCAGAUCCAUUUGCCUGUUUUUACAUUUGUGUGAUUGAGCCCCAUGCAUUCCAACCCUGAACUACUGAAAGGGUCUUUCUUCUUUGCUGGGCUAUGAGGAUCAGAGAAAGGAUCCCAAGAAAGCAGAAUGUAAAUACCUGGGGAUAUUUUUAGUUUCAUUCUGUGAUCAGGACACAGUGGAAUAUAUUAAUCCGACUGGGGAUGUGAGUAAUCACAUGUAUAUAGCAGGAAUGUUGUUAAAACUGACAAAUUCUGAUUGAUCAGAUUGUCAAACCCACCUUGGUCACUUUGAAGAAUUUGGGUUUAAAAUAAUAAAAGCCAGCACAGUUUUUUUUCUUUUCUUAAGCAAAAGAGAAGCCUAUUUUAAUGAGGCUUUGUUUCUAAGGGCUCCCCUCACUGGUGAAUAUUUCUUCACCAAUCACCUGGUUUGGUACCAUAUUCAUGGAGGUGCUUUGUGGUACUGAACUUCCUGGAAGUACAGUGCCUUCUUGGAUAUUAACGCUAUGUUGGAGGAAAAAAGCUGAUAUUUACGCCAAUCUUUAGGCAUUUAGAAAGUCAAGUCCCUGCCAGGUUUCUCUCUCUUAAAACAGAGCACAAGUGUGUACAACUUGUUAUUUAGCAGAUAAAUACUGUUUCCACUGACUAGACAGAGAAGCUGUUGUUUGACUGGCUCUCACCUGAUUCAGGUAAAACUGAAAUAUUUCUACAGCCUUUAUUAAAACUUCUGAAAACCUUUAUUAAAACUUCCGUAGUCCCAAACAGACAACAGCUCCCCACAGCACCAGCCUUAUCUGGGCUGCAGCCUCCUCUACAACUGUGGAUUUCACAUUGUACUUCAACAGUAUUACUUUUUCUCUCAUCAGUGAAACACCAUUCCCAGUCUACAGAUCAGUCUGUCUCAUGACCCAGAUGGUCUCAUGACCCAGAUGCACAUGAGUCAUUAGGGAAGUUAAAUUUUUCAGGAAGCCUUGGCAAAUUCUAUAUGGCUGGGAAAUUAUUUUUUUUUUUUUUGUGUGUGUGUGUAGCAGUAGACCUUUUUCCAACUAAACCAGCAGAAAUUAAACAGACCUUGCCACAAAUGCCAUUUUUUUCUCAAAGCCAGCUGGUUGUGUUAUUUGUGGUGUUGCCUCACUAACUAGAACUACUUCUGAUACCAAGUUUGUAAGGUAUUUUAACAAACAAAGGAAUGAUGCAACUGUGCCAUAGGAGCAUUGGGGAUAAUUCAUCCGAGAAGUAGUUCUAAUGAAAUACUAGGUGAAUUUUAGAUUCCUUUUCUUAUUUCUUGGUAGUUUAACAUCAUCCAAUGACAGUGUUACUUCGCUAUUACACAGAGCAGAGAUUCUUGUUUUUGCUGGUCAGUCCCUUAAAAUGUGCCAUUAGUUAUUAAAAAAAUCGUUGUUAGUGUCCAGGUAGGUAGCUGCUUUCAAGGCACUGCUGACGUGCUUCACAGCACAAGAGCUGUUCUGCAGUCCUGAUGGUGGGCCUGGGGCAGCCUGGAGGAUGGGUGAGCAGUCACACAGCUGAGGUCCCUGUCUAAUGCCUGCUGCCCACCAGAGACACAGAGCAGCUCCCAGCCUGUGCCUCUGUGCCCACAGCACCUGCAGCCUGCACGCUGGACAGAUACACAGGUGACACAGUCCAACAAGGUCAGCUUCUGCCUGUAAUAAAAAAGGGAUUGUUUUUAACCUAGCCUCUUCUUGCAUUCACCUGCUCCUGCAACCCACAUCCACCAUCUUCUACUUUAAAAUAGUAACUCACUGUUCUUUUAAAUAAUGAAUUUAAAUCCCCUCCAAGAGUUAUAGUGUACACAACUGCCUGUGCAAAUCAAGAUUUUAAUAAAGCAAAAUUACCAACAGUGGUGCCUGAGGGUGAAAAAUCACAGCCCACACACCAUGUCCACACCUGUGUUUGUCUCAUUGGCUUUGCCCCAUACACAUCCCCCCCACCUGAAGGAUAUGCAUUGGGCUUGUACCUGGGGUCCAGCAAGGCUUCCUUCAGGCAUCCCUCCCAAGCCCCUGCUGGAGCAGACACUAAACCUGGACCACCAGCUUAGCUCUGCCCUCCCCUCGGGGGCCCUGCAGUUGGGAAAGAGGGGGCAAGCAGUUGUAUGAGUACCAUAUAAACCAGCUAAAAAUGAAUUGCGAAGUAGGUGUACAGUUUCAGCUUCCUUAGGUGAGUAGCAAUCCAAAGUCCAGGUUACCACUGCCAACAAGUCUUGACACAGUAUUAGGGUAAAAAAUGCUGCUUUGGCUUGAGCAUUUGAUCAGUCAGAAUCAAGUCAGUUCUUACAAAGGCCGAGAGGGCAUACUUGGCUCUGGCUGAGAAGUAAACAAUGAGCAACUUUUAUUCAUGUUACUAGCUGACCUCUGCUGUAAUUCACAUGAUGCUUAAAAAAUUUCAAUUGUGCGUUUUGUUUGGGUUUGGUUUUUUUAAGUACAAAAGAGAGAUUUUCAGUGGCACAUUUUGCUUUUAUUUGCAUUCAUAACCAAGAAGAACCAGCGUUUCUGCUUGUUUGCUGGUAUUUUAUCAGCUUGCUCUGCAACAGCAUAAUUUACUAACUUGCGAGAAUAUCUGUGUUCAUCACAUAGCACAGACAGAAGACAGGCUGGAAAGAAAUACAGAGGAGAAAUAAUCAGAAUUUCUUUUCUCAGGGUUCUGUUUUUCUAGCAAGUGAUAAGGUGGUAUAUAUUGCGAUAUUUUUUUUCCCCUGGAUGAGGUUUUCAGGUGCAGGGUGCACUCAUUAAAUUUCACAGCUGUUUAAAUUGCUCCUGAAGUUCACCUCAGCAGUAGCUUUCAAAGGCACUUUGGGAAAGAAAAAAAAAAAUCAGCUUAAAGCUAAUUUAAUUAUUUCAUGAGGAGGGCUGCAGAGUGUAACUGCCUCUUAAUGUACAUGCACUGCAUAGGAUCUAGAGGAAUUUGCUGUGGAUUCUUUAAAACCUGUGUGCCAAUUAGUUCAGUUUAACUUUGUUUUGUGGUAUUGAAGAUUUCUUCAAACAUCUGUGGUUUCAUCAACUUCUUAAACUUAUAUUCAGUAAAGUGCCAUAGACCUUUUUUUUUUAAAUUGUAGCAUAUUUAAAUAUAUAUAUACACAAACUUGUGUGAGACGUGCAAUACAAGGAAUGGGUUUUGUGGGGGUUUUUUGGUUGUUUUGUUGUUUUUUGGGGUUUUUUUAAUUUUAGCUUUUGCUUUCAAACAAGUGAUUUGAAAAGGGACUUCCCAGGGAAGAAUGGCUGGAGUUUGGUGGUGUGGAUAUAGAGUAAUGCAAUAAAAUCACUGAUGUUGAAGAUCAAUACAACAGUAGCAAUAGCAGCUUGAAGAUUUAACAAAAGUAUCUUCUUGAUUGAUUUGAAUUACAGUAAUUUCACGAAUACAAGCCGCACCAUUUUGACUUAGAUUUUGCUCUCAAACCGGAAAUGCGG